UUCAUUUCCUGUACAGUCGACUCUGUAUCCUGAGACAACAAGUCUCACAAGGUCUCACAGGCCCUAUAAAUGAAGCUAUUCAAAUAUGGCACCCUCAUUUGCUCGUCUGCUUGUGAUAGCACCAUUUACCCAUGCCUCCUCAUGAUCUCCCGCCCCCGCCACCUUGGACGAUACCCAAUUUCGUGUUGAGGGUGGAGGACUUGUCGCAUCCUGGGGCAUCGAUCUUCUUUGACUGCGUCAAGCCUAAGGAAGCACUCAAGCUUGCAGUUGAAGCAUCUUAUACCUGGCUGUAUACCCCGCUCACGGCCCCAACGCACGUCAAGACCAUCACGCUCGUUCUUAGACCGUUCAAUGGCGUGGCAUACACAUUUGGCACGCAUGAGACGAAAGAGAUCAAUUUCUCCCUCGAUUGGAUCAAGUCAUCAGAGGCUCGCGCACGAGAUGAAAUACUAGGCGUGCUGGUUCACGAGGUUGUGCAUUGCUAUCAGUACAAUGCAAAAGAGACAUGUCCAGGGGGUCUUAUCGAGGGCAUUGCAGAUUUCGUAAGGCUCCAUGCUGGUUUUGCACCACCACACUGGAGACCUAGAGCUGAGGGGAAGUGGGACGCAGGGUACGAUGCUACGGCGUACUUCCUCGACUGGAUCGAGAAGCGCUGUGGCGAGGGGACUAUCCGAAGACUUAAUGGAUCUAUGAAGGAUUCGAGAUACAGAGUGGAAAUAUUUGAGAAGGUGACUGGAGAGAGCGUGAGCUCCCUGUAUGCACUGUACUGUGAACAUCUGGAACAGACGGGUAAGAUAUCUCAUGCAUGAACCUUGAUAUACAAUACUAGUAGCAAAUAUUUCUGUAGAAGCUACAGGGAAGACGUUAAUUUGUCCAGUGGUGGAACUGCGACCUGCACCAGUUAUGACUCUCCCCGAAACACGCACGAAGUUUCGAGUCAACGUCAACCUUGAAUGUUACUGACCUUGAGUUUACUAGAUCAAGACA